UAUUAUUACUACGUUUACUUUUGAUUAAACUGUCCCUCGGGUCUAGAGAGACCCCCAGAGGUAGGAGCUCUUGGGGCCCAGAAAGACCAAGAUUUUUCACUCACAUGAUUCUUCUCCCCACUGACAUUGCCAACCAGAAACUCUUGGACAAUAAAUCACUUUGAUUUCCAACCCUUUCAGCCUGUGAAAUUUUCAACAAUAUGGAUCUAGAUACCACUCGAUUAUUAGGAGCUCCUUCCCCUUCUUCUUCUUCUUCUUCUUCUUUCACCAAUUCAUGGACACACGAUGUGUUUCUCAGCUUUAGAGGUGAGGACACACGCUACAAUUUCACAGACCAUCUGCACAAAAAUUUGGUCCAGACGGGCAUCAGAACCUUCAUAGAUGAUGAGCUCCCAAGAGGAGAAGAAAUAUCACAAGCACUUCUUGAUGCAAUUGAAGGAUCAAGGUGUUCCAUCGUCGUAUUCUCUGAAAACUAUGCAUCCUCGAAGUGGUGCUUAGAUGAACUUGUUCAUAUCAUUCAGUGUAGAAAAUCAAAGCAACAGAUGGUUUGGCCAGUUUUCUACAAAGUGGAUCCCUCAGAUGUAAGGAACCAAAGAGGUAGUUAUGGUGAGGCACUUAAUAACCAUGAACGCAAAUUCAAAGAAGAGAAACUUACUAACCAUGAUGAAAGUAAAUUCGAGGACAAUAUGAAGAAGGUGCUGAGAUGGAAGGAAACCCUUACAGAAGCUGCAAAUUUGUCUGGGUCCCAUUACUUGGAGGGCCGUGAAACUGAAUUUAUUCAAAACAUUGUCAACGAGAUUUCCUUACAAGUAUUAAAUGAUACCCAUAUCAAUGUGGCAAAAUACCAAGUCGGAAUAGGGGCUCGUGUACGAGAUCUUCAUAAAGUUUUAGAUGUUGACGGAAAUGAUGUUCGCAUGGUAGGAAUAUGGGGGAAUGGUGGAAUAGGAAAGACAACUGUUGCUAAAGCUGUUUAUAACUCACUGGCCCAUGUGUUUGAAGGAAGUUGUUUCCUGGAAAAUGUAAGAGAAAGAUCAAUACCAUAUGGAGGCCUAGUCGACCUACAAAAUCUUCUUCUUUAUGAGAUUCUAAGGGGAAAGGAAAUAAAGGUUACCAGUGCCGAUAAAGGAAUCAAUGUGAUAAAGGAAAGGUUGAGUCGUAAAAAGGUCCUUGUAAUUGUAGAUGAUGUGGAUCAUUUGGACCAGUUAAACAACUUAGUUGGUGGUUGUGAUUGGUUUGGUUUGGGCAGUAGAAUUAUCAUAACGACAAGAGAUAAGCAUUUGCUAACUUCUCAUCAAGUUAGUAUAAUAUACAAGGCCAAGAAAUUAAACUUUGGUGAAUCUCUUGAUCUCUUCAUUAGUUGGAAUGGUGGGAGAAAUAAAAAUUUGGAUGAUGAUUAUGUGAAAGCUGCAGAAACUGUGGUGAAGCAUGCUCAAGGUCUUCCUUUAGCUCUCAAGGUUUUAGGUUCUCAUCUAUGUGGUAGAAGUAUAGAUGAGUGGAAUGAUGCAUUGGAUGGGAAUCUGCACUCGGACAUUAAAAAAACUCUCAAAAUAAGCUAUGAUGCAUUGGAAUAUUCGGUUCAAGAAGUUUUCCUUGACAUAGCAUGUUUCUUUAAAGGUAGAAAGGUGUACGAUGUGAUAACGAUCCUGGAAGGUUGCGACCUCAAGCCUAAGUAUGCUAUUGAAGUACUCGUAGACAAGGCCCUCAUAGAUAUUGAACAAGGCACAAUUGGGAUGCAUGACUUGCUUGAAGAAUUGGGUAGAGGAAUAGUUUAUCAAGAGUCGCCAAAUGAGCCUGGUGAACGUAGCAGAUUGUGGUUUCACGAGGAUGUUUAUCGUGUUCUAAUAGAAGGAACAGGAACAAACAAUAUUAAAGGCAUCAUAGCAAAGUUUCCGACACCAGAUGACAUAUGCUUGAGUGAUGACAGCUUCUCAAAGAUGAAAAACCUUCGACUUUUCAUCAAUGUGAAUGCACGAUUUUAUGGCGAUCACGUGGAUUAUCUAUCUAAUGAGUUGAGGUUUCUUCAUUGGCCUGGUUGUCCUUUACAAACUUUACCAUCUACUUUCAAUCCAAGGAAACUUGUUGAACUUUAUAUGCCUUGUAGCCGCUUGUCACAACUUGGGGAGGGAUUCAAGCGUUUGCAAAAUUUGACGUCCAUGAAUUUUAAGAGCUGUGAAUUCCUAACAAAAACCCCAAAUAUCUCUGGAAUUCCAAACUUACAGUCCUUGAAUCUAGACGACUGCACAAGUUUAGUUGAGGUUCAUCCUUCUGUUGGAUUUCAUGAUAAGCUUGUGGACUUGAGGCUUGAGAGUUGCCAUAACCUCACACUAUUUCCAAUAAUCAAGUCAAAAUCUCUAGAAGUUCUCAAUCUUGAAGAUUGCAGAAGACUGGAGACUUUCCCUGAAAUUGGGGGAAAGAUGGAUUCCUUACGUCGCGUGUUUCUACGUGGUAGUGGCAUCAAAGAAUUGCCUGCGUCAAUUGCAUAUCUCAUCAGUCUUGAAUUUUUAGACCUAAGCAGUUGUGAAAAUCUUACGAAUCUGCCACCCAGCAUUUAUAAGUUGGAACAUCUAAACCAAAUUUGUCUCCAAGGAAGUCGAAAGCUUGUUACAUUUCCAAAUAAAAUGAAGUCCGAAGUUUUGGGGAGUGCAGUAUCACAUCCUUUAGCGCUUCCCAGUCUUGAGGAAUUCAUUUUGGAAGGAAGCAAUUUAUCAGAAUUUAAUUUCCUCUGGACUCUUGAUUGUGUGUCUACAUUGAGCAUGCUUGAUCUAACACGAUGUGAUUUCCUUGUAAGUAUUCCCGUAUGCAUUACGAAAUUUGUCAAUUUGCAGGAGCUUUACUUGCAUGGCUGCAAGAGGCUUCAAGAUAUUCCUGAACUUCCACCAAAAAUAGUAAAGUUAGAGGCGAGUGAUUGCGUAUCAUUGGAAUGGUUUUCAUCAUUGUCCAACAUUCUGAAAGGUAAAAAAGACUCACAAAUGAUUGAGUUGGUGGACUUGUGUAAUUGCCACAGACUGUGCGGCAAUCUGGCUCGUGACCUCACAAAGAAGCAAAACAUUUUAGCAAAGGAGCAGAUCACUCUCUUCUUUGAUCACCUUCUAUCUUCACAGAAACAUGGAUUUCAGGUUGUAUUUCCAGCAAGUUUUGAAGCUCUCUCGACGUUGUUCAGCUGUCAUAAGGAUGUGAAGGAGCAUGAUGAAGCAUGUGAACUUUUGAUUGAAAUCCCUCCAAACUUCAAAUGCCAGAACCAAGGAUUGGUUCUAUAUGCUGCUGUUGAAAACCCGCAAAAUAAAAGACGACGUUACCAUGGUUUUCUAACAAAAAUUUCCGUCAAUCAACCAGGAGUGGUACCUCAUUUUAUUCAGUUCGAUUACCAUUUCAGAAAGAUAGGGUCAGGUCAUGUGUGGCUGUGCUAUAUUCGAUUCAGAGAAAUGUUUUACCGGGAUGAUCAGAUUACCUGGCCGCAGUCGCCUUUUGUGUGUCGAGUUAAUUUUCAGAAUUUGACACAAGAUUCGCUGCAUUUUAAAAGCGUCGGGGUCCACCUGGUAAUGACACAGGAUGAUGAAGACCUGUCUAUAUUUACGGAAGAUGGUGAGUCUGAAUCCGAUGACUUGGAAGAUGCUAAUGAGAGGUUUGAUGGAGAUAAUUGUGUUGAUCUAUGUGAAGAUGAGCAAGACUCCGAACAUGACUACUUCAGCUGUGAAGAUAAUGAAGAUGGCUACUUUUACUGAAGAUGAUGAUGAAGAGGUGAAUAGGUAUUUCGGAGAAAGAGAUUUGCAAUGUUGGAAUAAGACAAAAGAAAAACUAGGAUGCAAUGGAAUACUAUUGAUGAAUAGUGAUAUGCCAACUUCUAGUCGCCCACAAUCUAGAGAAGAGAGUUCCGUGCGCCCACCCACGGGGAAGCUUUUCAUUCACCCAACAAAACUCAUACCCCACUUUCUAGUCUCUCUCUUCCCAACGAAUAUUCCUAAAACUAACGGCUGUCUGUCUGUGUGCGAGCCUAUAACCAACGGCUGUCUGUAACACACUGAUUUUUCAUCCAAUCCAAACCACAUGAAGGGCGAGGCCCUCUUUCUCUUUCUCCCUCUUCUAUAUAUAACUCAAGCAUAUUAGCCAGCUCUCCUCAUCAUCCUUGAUCAAACUCAAGAGUCAAGACCAAGCCAGAAUUUCAAGUUUUCAAGUAUGUCUGCAUUGGUGGAUGUUUGGAUGAGCGAGUUGGCAAAGCUAAAAGACAAGGUAGGGGCUAAGAGGCGACUGGUGUUUUCAUCAAAGGGAAAACAAGGAGAAGGUGAUGAUGAGGUUGAAGAACAACAGCAAGUGUUGAAAGAAGCAAGAAAAGAGAGCAGCAGAAUGGCUCAGAUUCAGAGGGACUUGGAUUCCUCUACGCUUUCAGAGGCCAGAAUUCGUUUGCUUAUGGACCGUUUUGUGCCUUGGUGACACCUUGUAAACAUGUUUAACUUGUUGAAGGACCUUUGCUCGCUUCUCUGGCCAUGAAAAAUGAGUCAUCAUUUUUUUCAGUAAUUAUAUAGAACUAGAUUGUUUUGAUUCAAAAAUCAUUAGUGAUCCAUUAGAUUGCCUCCAUGUAAUUAAGUUUUAGUAGAUACAUAAACUUAUUACUAGUGUA